UAUUGAGUCUUGCAUGUCUUCACUAGAAAGUUCGGAAUGCACAAAUUUCACUAAUGACAGCGGAAGCUUUCUCAUUAUGCAGGGAGACACAAAACUGCCUUUGGAUUAUAUACGAAAAUCGCUAGUGCCAUUUGAAGAACUACAACAUUCACGAUUUUACUUCAAACCAAUUAAUUAUGAAAUUGAAAAAAAUAAUCCUUACAAAACAAUGCCAUUUUCUGGACAAAGACAAAAUCAACGAGAACUUGUCGCUCCUUAUGAUAAUAUAUAUACAUUUAACACACGGCUGAGAAAUAACUUACGCGUUCGUCUGGAAGUGCCUACUACUGAUGUUACUGAAACUCUUGUAGGUUAUGAAAACAAACAAUACUAUCCUCGUGUGGCUACCGAUAUUGAUGCAAAUUUUGUAAAGGAUAUUAAUGAACAUUCAAUAUUUAAGUCCUUUAAGUUCAAAAGUUCCAGUUCCAUUAUAAAAGAGGCACUGCGACUUAAAAUACAAUCUAUGGUCAUACAGGAGUUCAUUGUUAGGAACGAUAUUUUAAAUAAUUUGAAUGAGAAAUUUUUCAAUAAAAUUGGAAAAAUCAAGGAACUAUAUGAUAAACUUUUCAUUAAGUGGGAAAGGAAGCAAUAUAACAAAACAGCAGCAAUUGUCUACCAGGUACAAAGCACCUAUGAACGUACCGAUGCACUUAAACGCACGUGGCAAUUAUUGGAGCGAAAAUUGACUCUAAUGAAUUUAGACAUAAUAUUUGUGGAAGGCAAGUGGAUAAGACUUAUAACACUACAAAAUUUUAUAUACCUAUUAGCAGAUAAAGAAUGGCGUCUUGAAAACGAUUGGAUACAUCGCAAAAGCAAGCCAGGAGAACCAAUUGAACUGGAAACGUUCGAUGUUUCUAUACAAAACCGCAAUACCGCUAACAUUCGAGUAAGAGAGAAAGAUGAUGCAGGAGCUGUUAAGGACUAUUACGAAAAUGUGUACAAGCCCAAAAAUAUUCCAAUCCUCAUGCCAUACAAAGAUCAUAUUGAUUUAUUCUGUGGCAUCAAAAAAUUGAAGAAGAUAACUUUUAUAGCACUGCUUGAGUUGCAUUUAAACAUGACAAUAUCAGUCGAUCUACAAUCACAAGUUCAUAAAUUAACAGAAUGGUGCGAUAAUGAACUUCAGACUAAAAUGGAGCAUGUAACUCGCAAGUGUGCUAGAAAAUAUUUCAUGAAAGGUAGAGUUGAAGACUUAAGAUCGCGGGUGAUGAAUUUUCUUGACAACAACAUAUAUGAAGUCUUCACGAAUGAACGUGAGAUAAAGGACCAAGCCUAUAUAGAGCAUGCAUGGCAACACAUUGUAGAAAUAAAAGUUUCUGAUAAGAAGCGUGGCGCGAGAGCAGCCAUACCACCAAGACAAAUGGUGUCGAUGAUUUCAGAUACUAUAUUAGAUCUCUUGGAUAAAAUCGAUGAGUUUCCACCUAAUUUUGCAAAACAAACUGAACUUGAUUUCAGAAAAAAGUUGAGAAAAAUGAAAAAAAUAUCGCGAGAGGCGUGUCAAUUCGAGAAUAGGCUGCAAGCUCAAUUGAAAUCGUUAAAGAGAAGUUUUGAACCACUUCCUCCAAGACCACGACCACUUAAAAAAUAUGUAUUAAAAAAAUUUAAGAAGAAAGAAGAGGAAUCAGCUCCCAAACAAAAAAAAGUAACGACUGAAAGGGAGAAAUUUUUAAUUCGUGCAUUUAAUUCUGACACUCAAACAGGAUAUCGCCAAAGCGCAGGACUUAGAAUUGUUAAAACUAUUGAUGCAGAACUUGUAACUCCUUUUUACUUCGACUAUUUCUUGGCUCUAAACGGUUACACACCGGAUUAUAACUUCCAGACACAGGUUGAUUUGCGCGAUGGCCCGGAAUUAGAUCGUUUAAAAAUUGGUUCCCUGGUACCUGAAAUGAAACAAAAAAUAUCCGAUUGGGAAGAUAGAAGACAAAAAAUCAUGGAACAAAAUAUAAUAAUUUACCACUCUAUAUAUGAUAAUGUGCACUAUUAAAGAAAUUACGAAGUUAUUAUCAUAUGUGGUCCUAUGCGCGUUCUCAGAUAUAUAAUAUGAAUUUUAAUCUUAAGGCAAUAAUGUAACAAAAUUUCUUGUCAAUAUGUAAUUAUGUUUAGCAAAUUAGUUAUGAAAAGAUUAGUAAAAAUAUUAGUUUUAAUAAUUUUUACUUCUCUUUUCAUAAAUAAUCUUGAUGAACAAAAUACAGAACAAUAACUUAACAUUAA